UUGCGCACGCUCAAAAAUCCGAUUAUGGCCGAGAAUCAAACCGCAAGUGAAGAUUCCGGUCAGCAAUCGCAACAACAUCAAACUCAUCCUCAUCACCAUCAUCAUCAGCAGCAGCAGCAGCAGCAACAACAACAACAGCAACAACAGCAGCAACAGCAUUCUCAGCCAUCAUCGCCCCAGUAUCCGGAGGAGCUGUCAUCGGAACUAACCUCGCCCAUAACACCACCUAACGAGAACUCAGCUUCGUCUCCUGAAGAGCCACAGACAGUUGUUAUUGCCAAUCAUCAUCCAUCACGCACAGUCUCCAGUAUGAUUGAUCGCCAACUUACCGCCAAAUUUAAGACAACUAACGCCACUGGUCAGAGGCGUAAUACUAUACAGACCACUACACCGCCUAGAUCUGCCAGCACUACGAGCAUAAAAAAACCUUCGCUUGCGAAAGUUUCGUCAUUAACUGGCGGUCCAAAUGGCGGUUCAUCCACAGAAAGACAUAAUUCCACUAUUGACGCUCCGGCUGGCAAACAUCACUAUCAUCAUCAUCCACACAGUUUGAUUAACCAUCAUCAUCAUCACAAUAAUACGUCCUCUAACUCAACAGCUACCACCAAUAACACGACCGCCAUACAACGUACCACUAGUGAAAGUCUUCGUCUGAAUUCAAUACCGGGCGGAACGUCGGCAUCAGAUCCUUCGGCUUUAUCAAAUGCUACUAGUAGCACUAGUUUGAAUUCUCACAUAACUAACGAUAGUUCAAGUUCUAGUGUCUCUGCUGCACCCAAAUCGACAAGCACUAAUGCUAGUAAAAUUACGACCGCAUCUAAAGCAUCGUCAACAUCAAAGGCUUCGUCUUCUAUUAAUAAUGCCAGUGGAGUGAACAGUCAGUCUGCGGGUUCUACUACCGCAUCAACCACUCGAAGUCAUCACAGUCACGGCCACGCGCACGGCCCCGGUCAUAACCAUGCUGGCGGCGGAACACGUAAGCCAAAGACGACUUCAUCGUUCCAAAUCACUUCCGUAACGGUCGGCCAACCCAAAAUACCUGUUGUUAAUGAUAAUGGAGGCGAAGAGUCUGCAGACGAUCUUGACGAAUCUCACACUGACGAUAGCCGUAUAACAGAUUUGGAAAAUGAGACACCAUCUAUGUCCGAAGAUACCUUCUCUAAGGAGGAGAUUUAUUACGCCAACAAUGCUUUAAGUAGUACUGCUCCUGUCAUUCCAACUAGUUCGCAAUAUGGACUAGUAGUAGUGGAUCCUGAUUUAGGAGCUACAUUGGGUGCUCAAGCCAUACAGAAUGUGCAGGUCAACGUGGCCGAUAACAUUAUUAACGUUGUAAGUGCUGCAGUGACCUCCGGCGGCGGUAAUAUUAAAAAAGACGAUCUAAAAGAUUCAGCUCAACAUCGUAGUGAGCGAUUUAAAGUAGUGAAAAUUGAAUCUACAGAACCAUUUCGUCGUGGCAGAUGGGUAUGCAUGGAUUAUCUUGAUCAUACUACGGUCGGAGGUGGAGGUGCUGGUACUGGUAAAGACGAUGGUGCUGGCAACAAUAACGAAAAGACUGGAAAUAAUGAAAUGGGUGGUGGUGAACCAAGUGACCAACCACCUAAAACUACGCAAAGUAUGAAUUUGGGCCCAGGCGCUGCUACUGCAUUAGAGAAUCAUGUGGAUACAACCACUAAUAGUUUACCAAUGAAUGCGGGCUUAGGCGGUCCGGUUCGUAUAGGUGGAGGUGGGGCCGGUGGCGCGGGAGUCGAUAAAAACUGGAAUUAUGCAGAAAAUAAUGAUGGCGGCGGUGUUGCCACAGCCCCGGCUACCGUACUGCAUGGUAUAACAGCUUUUGCUGAAACUCCUGAGGGGACCGAAAAUGGUAAUGUGCCAUCUGCCCCAACAUCGGUAACAGCGUCCAACCAACAAGAACAGUAUAGCACACCGCCUCAAGAGCUAAAUUCCCAAACUGUGCAGACUAUACAACCGCAAUCAGAGGUCGGUCAAACUCAGCAGGCAGUGCCACUGGACUACGCAACAGUCGCUGCGCAGCAAUUAAAAAAGUCACUGGAAGAGCUAAAGAAGCAGGAAGAAGCUAUAGCAGCAUCGGAAAAAGCAGCUGCAGCGGCUGCUGCUGGUGGCGUCUACUUGCCUGGUCAAUCGCAACCUGUUAAUUUCGAAGCAAUGCAGCAGCAACACAUACCAGCCCAGGCGGCCCAGACACAGGGGAUUCAGGCUCAACAUGGCUCUACUCUUCCGGGCAAUAUACACAUACAGAAUGGUAAUAUUCCCGUACCUACUGAACACAGCAAUGUGCCUUCUCCUUCCAUACAACAACCGCAAUCGCAGCAGCAGCAACCUAUAGCGGGCCAAACGAAAAUAAUGGAACAGCAGCAAAAUAUGGGCUAUAACAUAGAUGUACAGCAACAACAACAACUAUCACCAGCUCCACAACAGCAAAUGUCAGGAAAUUUUGUGGCAGGUAAUUAUCAGUCAACGCCUCACCAAACUCCACCGCAACAGUCUCCGCAAAUGACUGAGACAACGGUUGGUAUGCAGCAACAACAGCAGAAGCAGCAACAAGGAACGCCACAGCAGAUGAACGUGCAGCCAUCGCAACAGUUGCAAGGCCAGCAGCAACAACAAAUGCCUCCCCAACAACAGCAACAAAUAUCGCAACAGCAGCAGAUACAGCAACAGCAGCAAAUGCAACAGCAACAACAAAUGCAGCAACAGCAUACACCCCAACAGCAACAAAUGCAAUUGCAACAACAGACAUCACAAACGGAUGGAUUAACUGCUUCAAGUAUGUUGGCUACUGCUAAUGCUCAUCAAAUGCAUCAAUCGUUACCUUCUACACAGCAGCAACAACAACAACAACUCCAACAACAGCAACAACCGCCUCCUGCGCAAAGUCAACAAUUACCGUCACAAUUGCAACAAUUGUCGCAGCCAAUAAGCGCUGGUCAAACCAUGCCAGUGUUGACGCAAAUGGCAAGCUAUGAUAUGCAGCAGCAGAGUGUUCAACAGGCUUCAUUACAGCAGCAGCAGAGUGCGCCCGCAACAUUGAUCGAUAAUGCAGCUAUACUAGCUAACAUUCAGGCUCAACAGCAGCAGCAGCCUCCAGCGAGUGUUGUCGUUAAUCCAAACGCGGGUCCGGUGAACGCGAUGGUUAUACCCUCAAAUACUACACCAGCACCCUAUCAAGCAACGCAGCAAAUGCAAUCGCAGCAACAGCAGCAUAUGCAACAGCAGCAAACAUUAAUGCAGCCACAGAAACAACAGCAACAGUCACAAUUACCUAUGGAUGGUACAGCCGUAAAUAUUGGUGCCAACACUAGCAACAACAACAACACUAUAAACACAACUAGAAAUAUGACAUCUGCUAUGGCUAACCUAACAAGCAAUGCCAAUGUAGCUACAGUUACGGCAACUUCUAUUGAUAAUCAAACAUUAAUGCAAACUCAACAGCAACAGCAACCACCGCCGCAGCAGCAACAACAGCACCAGCAACAGCCAUCACAGAUUCAAACUAAUCAACAGCAACAGGUACAAUCUAAUACGGAAACAGAGACUGAAAGUACCGUCUCCAGCCUUACGCAAGCCAUAGCCGCAACAGUCAAUAAUCGCAAAAGAGCUUUUAGUACGCCUUAUUUACCGCCCACAUAUGCUGCCCAAUUGUUAACAACUUCGAACAGCGAUAAUAUUAGUAAUAUUAGCGGUAUUGGCAGUAAUUUAAAUGAAUCAUUGCCCGGGAUAACUACAGCUUCUUUUGCUGGACUAGAAGAUUCUAAUGUGUCGAAUUUAUAUUUUUAUAAUAAAUCCUCGUCAGGUCGUUCAUCCUUUUGCGUAGACGAGGCUUUAUGGCCCGCGGGGUUGGCAAAACCGGGUGGAGGUUUGCAAGCCGUUUCUGAUACUAAUAUCUAUACGAAUUUGGCUUUGGGCGACGAUCGUUAUCGGUUGCCAGCUGAAUUUUCCGCCAACACUAGCCCUGAUGCUAGUAUGAUUGUUCAGGCGGAUCAGGGAAACGGUGGAGAAGACUUGGAAGAAGCCAUCGAUCAGUUUUCCCCUUUGUUGUAUCCAACAGGGAUUAAUCAAAGCCGUUCGAUGCCAAUACCCAUAAGUCCUAGUGGUUCUAUGACGCAUUCACCUACAAUGAUUGUCCCAACGGGAGCAACUAAUGUUAAGCAAAGCCCCAUAACUUCGCCAGUUCAUAAAAUUUACGAUAUUAGUCCUAGUAGUAGCACAGCUUACACAUCGUUCUACAGUGGUUCACCGGAUAUCCAAGGUUCUCAGUUAGGAACCACGGUAACUAAAAGAAUUUCAUUUAGUUAUGAUCCAGCAUUUGGGACAUCUGUCAAUCGUUUGCCUUUACCACUACCGCAACAACAACAACAACAACAACAACAACAACAGCCAUUACAGCAGCUAAUGCAAGACAAUACCAUGCAGUUUAGCAGUCCUGUACAAGCUGCCCAUAAACUGUCCACCGCGUCUGUGGAAAGUGCACCGGCGGCAUUCCUGUUCGCCACGUCUCCCAUGUCCACUUCAAUAAACAGUGCAUCUGGAACAAGUGCAGUUGCGAUCGAUAAUAAAAUCGAACAAGCUAUGGAUCUCGUUAAAUCCCAUUUGAUGAUAGCUGUACGUGAGGAGGUUGAGGUAUUGAAAGAGAAAAUUUCGGAACUUAUGGAUAAAAUUAAUCAAUUGGAAGUUGAGAAUACCUUAUUGAAGGCAAAUAUAUCACAGGAGACAUUACAACAAUUGCAGAUGCAAACACAAUUGCAGAUUGCAGGCAGUGGACAAACAGCCGGCAAUAAUAUGAUAACAGCACCACCACAACCACCACCAUCCACAGCGGCUGCGGUGGCAGCGGCAGCAGGAACACCAGCAACAGUUACAGCACAGAAUGUGGCUGCAAACAAUGCAUCAAAUGCUAAUAAUCAAGUCGCCCCAAACAAUAUUAGCAACAGCAAUGGUUCAGCAGCCACUGCCGAAGGUAGUGGCUCAGCUACUCCAACCGCAGCCGCAGCACCAGUAGCUGAGAAUCAAAAUAUAGCAAACAGUGGCCAAUCAAAUAAUGCAAAUAAUACAAGUGAGGCCAAUAAUGCUAGUAACGGAACCGCAACAGGCUCGGUGGUAACAGCAGGCAACACCAAUGGCCCGAUGUCUUAAGUUUUUUUUUUUUUUUUUAAUAUAUUUUGUAAAUUGAUUACAAACAAAUUCUACAGAGAAUUGUAGGUGUUUUUUUAAAAGAAACCAACUAAAUAUACUACACACACAAACCCAAAGCUUAAAGAACAGAAAGGAUGUGAGUGAAUGGACGUUAGAGUAUUUAAAGAGCAAUAAAUUUGAAAACAAAAACAAGAGCAUAAAAAGUUUAGUGAAAAGAUUUUAAUUAUCUUUUGUUUGUGUGCAUCAAGCAAAAUAAAAAAAUAUAUAAACCAAUGAUAAUGGGGAAAGUAAAGACAAGCAAAAGAGAAUAAUAACAAGUCACACAAAUAUGUAAACGAAAGAAGAGUAAAUUUUGUUGAAACAAACUUAAAAUAAAACUUUUUCCUUCAUAAGCAAAGCAAAGUAAAGCAACAUUAAAGCACCGCCGAUUAACUCUUUUUUUUUUUUUUGAGGUAAUAGCCGAAGGGCUGCUUCCGGUGUUGGUUAAAAAAAAAAAGAAAGAAAAUGUGAAUCAAGAUGAAUAGCAAGAAUAGCAAAGAAUCAAAGAGAACCGCGACUCAUAGUUCUGUAUAACGUCGUUUCAUUUCGUCCGGGGAAAAAAUCGUUCACUUUUCUUUGUCCAAUGAUAUUUUCUCGCUCUUCUUCCAAAUUUGUUCAUACAUUUUUCAAAAUAGUACAAAUUUUUAUUUAUUUUUCACUUUUGGAACAAAUGUUUGCUUUUUCUUUUAAUUUUCUUUUUUUUCAAGUAAACAAAAGAACCAUUAAGUUGGACUCUUGAAGAGUUCAAAACUGUUCAUUGCUGUGUAAAAAAAAAACGUUAAAUACUUUGACCUAAAAACUGAAUCAUUUAGUGACUGCGCGACGCGUUUCAUUUGUGAUAUAACCUUAAGUU